AUGCCUCCAUCUCCCCUCGACGACAGAAUUGUGGUGGCGCUGCCAAGGCCGAUCCGACCUCAGGAACUCCGACUGCGCCUGGACACCAGCUACCUGGACACCAGCUACCUGGACACUACUGUCACCAGCCCCGUCAGCAAGACGACCGUCAUCAGCACCACAGUGGUGAAGAUCCGGGCGACCAACCUCACGUAUAUGCCCUCAUCCAACGGCUCCACGCGCUCCCUGUCGUGUGGAUGCACCAGUGCCAGCUGCUGCUCGGUCACCACCUACGAGAAGGACAGCCAGCACAACCAGCGCCAGCAGCAGAGCCACCAGAGCCACAUCAGCAAGGUGAGCGCCAGCAGCCCCAACCUCAGCUAUGCUGGACCUGCCUCCUCCAACCCCAUAGUCACGGGCAUGGGCAUGAUUCACCAUGAGGCCUUCAGCGACCCUAGUCUCACCUCUGGCCCAACCAAGGCUCUAGGGUCCACCAUACGGGUCAUCCACCCCAAUGAGCUGGCCAAGCGGAUGGCCAGGUGCCCCAUGGGCCACCCGGUCGGGCCGGUGCCGGUCAUCAUCGACUGCCGGCCCUUCAUGGACUACAACAAGAGCCACAUCCAGGGCGCGGUGCACAUCAACUGUUCGGACAAGAUCAGCCGGCGGCGGCUGCAGCAGGGCAAGAUCACCGUGCUGGACCUGCUCUCGUGCCGCGAGUCCUCCGGCAAGGACUCCUUCAAGGGCAUCUUCUCCAAAGAGAUUGUGGUGUACGACGAGAGCACCAUGGAUCCCCAGAGGGUGACCUCCUCACAGCCCCUUCAUGUGGUCCUGGAUUCGCUGAAGAGGGAGGGCAAGGACCCCAUCGUUCUCAAAGGUAGGGCGAAAUCUUUACUUUACUGACUUUAUUGUCCCCAUGGCGAAAUGUUGGUGCAGUAUCAUGUACACGUUUAAAGUGGCGUUUAAAUACAGUAGAAAACUAAUUGACAAAACAAAAUUCAUAACAGUUACAUACUAAUAAAAAGAGACUAGCCUGCUGGCCUUACUGGGUCGAUAGGAACAUUAGCCGAGCUGUUAAGGAGGGAUAUCACACCUGGCACAAGUUAUUGUCUAGUUCUGUUAUUCCUGCCGGGGGGCUGCCCUAUACCUGCACCCAGAGGGGAGUAGUUCAAAGUCCGGGUACAGGGGGUGGCUUGGGUCAAAAAUUAUUUUGUGAGACUUGCUGAGGUCCCUGACCUUAAAGAUCUCAUCCAAGCCUCUCUGUUUGACUCCAAGUACCUUGUUUGCUGUGGUGAUAAUCCUUCUCAGCAUAUUUUUCUGGCUGACGGUGGCACUGCCAAACCAACAAACAAUACAAAAAGUUAAAAUACUCUCAAUAGAAUAUUUGUAAAACACAGUCAGCAUAGUACAGUUAACAUUAAAAGAUACCAGCUUUUUGAGCUCUCAGAGUAGGUAGUGUAGCAGUGCUGAUCUAGGAUCAGUGUGGCCUUUUAGACCAUAAUGGGGGGGUUCUCUUGAGGUUCUCUGGAGGUUCUCUGGUGGCUCUCUGGAGGCUCUCUUGAGGUUGUGUUUAAGCUUCAACGAGUCAAAGUAGAAACACCUGGGAUUUUAACUGGAAUGGUUGAAGGAUGAGGGAAGAGGGUGAGGUCUUUAUCUGGAAUGGUUGAAGGAUAGGGGAAGAGGAUGAGGUCUUUAUCUGGAAUGGUUGAAGGAUGAGAGAAGAGGAUGAGGUCUUUAUCUGGAAUGGUUGAAGGAUGAGGGAAGAGGAUGAGGUCUUUAUCUGGAAUGGUUGAAGGAUAAGGGAAAAGGAUGAGGUCUUUAUCUGGAAUGGUUGAAGGAUGAGGGAAGAGGAUGAGGUCUUUAUCUGGAAUGGUUGAAGUAUGAGGGAAGAGGAUGAGGUCUUUAUCUGGAAUGGUUGAAGGAUAAGGGAAGAGGAUGAGGUCUUUAUCUGGAAUGGUUGAAGGAUGAGAGAAGAGGAUGAGGUCUUUAUCUGGAAUGGUUGAAGGAUGAGGGAAGAGGAUGAGGUCUUUAUCUGGAAUGAUUGAAGGAUGAGGGAAGAUGAUGAAAUCUUUAACUGGAUUAGUUCAAGGAUGAGGGAAGAUGAAGUCUCUAAUAUAUAAAGCCACAGGACUGUUUUGAUUAAAGAGCUAAUUUUUUUAGAGCUCUGGUUUGUCUCUGAGAGGAUGAGAGAGAUUGGUGUACAUAGCUUUAAGUUGGUCGGUCUAAUUUAUUUUUCAAAGGCCAGCCUGUCUGUAUACUUCUGUUGUGAAGAGGUAGGUGGCAAUAGGCAAUGGAGUUGGUAGAGGUGCAAUGGUGAUAUUUGCUAUUGAAUGUAUGUUCCUGAGGAAUAGGCUCAUGUUAGGUGUAUAGUAAAUGUAAGGCCGUUUUGUCUUGCCUCUUAACUCAUACUGUCAUUUACUGUGUACUACCCAUCUAUAAACUACAGUAUAUACUGUAUGUAAGUCUGAUUCUAACAGUAUCAGCUGACCCUUAUCCUUCACACGCUGAUGCUUCGCUCGCACCCAAUCACCCACACCCACACACACACACACACACACACACACACACACACACACACACACACACACACACACACACACACACACACACACACACACACACAUACACACACACACACAGAGAGAGAGAGCUUAAGUCAUCGGGCAGCUCCAGUCCUGUCAGGGUAUGUAACAUGCUUUGGCUGUUGUGCAGAGGCUGGGAGGCAGCUCUUAGUAAAUACGGAGCCCUGUUGAGGCAGCAGCUCCUGUGUGUCUGCCGUCUGCCUCGCAGACGCGGUCUUGCAGGGAGGUCAUAUUGUAGCACCUUGAUGCUGUCAAGGGGUGCUGAAGGUGGGUGUGGUGUAUGAAUCAUGCGCAGGACGCAGAGGCUCAGUCCAAAGGCUUUAGUGCAAUAUUCAUAAAAGACAAAAGCACAAUAAGCCCGAAGGCGAAUACACGGCGCACACAGGCGACAAAACAAACGGCGCACAAACAUGUGCAAAAUAACCUCUCCAAAACACUGGAGGGAAAAUGUAGCUCCAACACGAAACAGAAGCGCAAUCACACACAAACACAGGCACACACAACGAGAACUAAAUAGACACAGGUGUACAACAUCAAGACCAAACCAAACGAACAUGAAACAUAGAUCGGUGGCAGCUAGUACUCCGGGGACGACGACCACCGAAGCCUGCCCGAACCAGGAGGAGGAGCAGCCUCGGCCGAAACCGUGACAGAUGCCAUCUCCUCUCCUCUCCUCUCCUCUCCUCUCCUCUCCUCUCCUCUCCUCUCCUCUCCUCUCCUCUCCUCUCCUCUCCUCUCCUCUCCUCUCCUCUCCUCUCCUCUCCUCUCCUCUCCUCUCCUCUCCUCUCCUCUCCUCUCCUCAUCUCCUGAGGAGCUUCCUCCACCCUUCCUCCUUCCCCCUCCAUCUGCCUCCAUCUCUGUCUGCGGCUGUGAGGAAACAGAGAGCGGGCUAUAGGAGAGCAGAGCAGAAUGUCUUGGUCUUUAUUUCUGAUUUAAUUCCCAUGAAAUGCAGGCAUCUGCUGCUGCAGGAAUCAAACUAAUCAGCCCUGAGCGCCACGACCCUGUAUUUCCUGAUAUGUAUGACUCUGUCGAUAUCUCGUCAGGCUCAACCGCCACCACCGUACAGCAGAGAACACUGUGUGUGUGUGUGUGAGUGUGUGCGUGCGUGCGUGCGUGCGUGUCUGGAGGAACAAUCGUCAUAUGGGUUUCCCAGUAUCAGUGUAAUUUAUAACCAGACAUGAUUCAUUCUACUAUUGAUCAUGGAGGAUACUGCACUACCUAGGACCCUGGUCAAAAGUAGUACACUAAAAGGGGAUAGGGUGACAUUUUGGGACACAGUCCUAGUCUCUUUGAGGAGGUUUAGAAAAAUAAAUAGAACGUGAUCUAUUCAUCAUCAUCAUCAUCAUCAUCAUCACCAUCUUCUUUCAUUCCUCUUUAAAAUGCCUUUUUUAAUAUUUUGUACUUUAAUCAUUAACCAGGUAAGCCAGUUGAGAACAAGUUCUCAUUUACAACUGCGACAUGGCCAAGAUAAAGCAAAGCAGUGCGAUAAAAACAACAACACAGAGUUACAUAUGGGGUAAACAGAAACGUACAGUCAAUAACACAAUAGAAAAUCUGUAUACAGUGUGUGCAAAUGUAGUAAGUUAUGGAGGUAAGGCAAUAAAUAGGCCAUAGUGCAAAAUAAUUACAAUUUAGUAUUAACACUGGAGUGAUAGAUGUGCAGAAGAUGAUGUGCAAAUAAAGAUACUGGGGUGCAAAUGAGCAAAAUAAAUAACAAUAUGGGGAUGAGGUAGUUGGGUGGGCUAAUUACAGAUGGGCUGUGUACAGGUGCAGUGAUCGGUAAGCUGCUCUGACAACUGAUGCUUACAGUUAGUGAGGGAGAUAAGAGUCUCCAGCUUCAGAGAUUUUUGCAAUUCGUUCCAGUCAUUAGCAGCAGAGAACUGGAAGGAAUGGCGGCCAAAGGAGGUGUUGGCUUUGGGGAUGACCAGUGAGAUAUACCUGCUGGAGCGCAUACUACGGGUGUGUGUUGCUAUGGUGACCAAUGAGCUAAGAUAAGGAGGGGAUUUGCCUAGCAGAGAUUUAUAGAUGACCUGGAGCCAGUGGGAUUGGCGACGAAUAUGUAGUGAGGGCCAGCCAACGAGAGCGUACAGGUCACAAUGGUGGGUAGUAUAUGGGCUUUGGUGACAAAACGGAUGGCACUGUGAUAGACUACAUCCAAUUUGCUGAGUAGAGUGUUGGAGGCUAUUUUGUAAAUCAUGUUUUGUUGGAUCAAGAAUUUGUGGUUUUCUUUAAUCAGUUAUGACCCUGCAAUCAAAAUUGACUUGAUCACAAAGCCGGAAAUACACAGACCAUGAAACCAUAUUUUUGGCUUACAGUACUAUUUUGAUUUCAUGAGAAUUGUUUGUGAAAUGUACAAAUGGUAUUUAAUAUUCCCAUUAAUGAGGGAUACCAAAUGUUAGUUAAAAUGUACUUAUACAUUAAUGACAUGUGAAAGAGUGUUUUAUUCUAUGGUUUAAUCAUUGGGCUUUCUCCAGAAGAAUAAGUAAUCAAAAUAAAUAUAACAAUAUGGUUGUUGGAACUUGGAUGGCAUACUUCUGAUUUAGAAAACAGCAGACAUUUCUAGUCCUGACUGGCCUUUUUUCCAGUGACCCAGACCUGAAUGUAGGAAUUAGUUAUAUACUGUUGCUGUCAAACGUGUCAUAAGCAAACAUCAUUAUUGAUAUAAGACUGUGGACCUUACGGUUGAUGGAUAGCACUGGAAAGUGGAAACGGAGUAUGAAAAGCCUUCAACGCUUCAGGGAAGUGGUAAUUUAUGAGUGAGGAACUGUGCUGGCGGCUUCUGAAAGUGAAAGAGACACUUAAAGGUACUUUCCUCUGUGAGAUAGUCGAAAGAUAAUGACAGCCGGUUACACUUCACAGAUCUCAUCUCUCUCCACAAUGUGCCGGAAGAUUCUUCUGCUGUUCGUUCUCACUCUCGCCUCUCAAAAGAAGCUAUUUACCAAUUGAGUGCAUCCUCACAAGAAAGGCAUCGCUUGAAAAUGUGCAAUAGAAGAGCAUUUCGAUUUUUUCUAAGAUGAGCUGUAUUUUGGGUGAACACUCAAAUCUGUUAGUUUGUUGAAAAAUUGACAAAGAGAAGGAUAUUUAAUGCACGAUUAGUUAAAUCUUCCCUCACAAGCACACGUGUGCGCACACACACACACACACACACACACACACACACACACACACACACACACACCUAGUAAUAUCAUUACUAGGUUGUGUUGGUCACUAUGAUUUAUUCAACUGUAGUAAAGUUCAACGCCUUUAGGGCUUGUGUGAAGAGACUCUCAUUCCAUUUUUUACUGUUGUGUAAUUAUUAUAACGACAUCCCCCUUGGAGGGAGUGUGAGAGAGAGAUGGAGAAACAUAGCAGUUGAAUUUGUUUGUUUAGUGUGGCCCUAUUAGUUAGACUGGUUUUAUGAACCUCUUAUGAUUUACAACAUCCUCCCCAGUCGACAGUUGAUAGGAGAUCGCCACCUUCCCCAUUUCCAUGGCGAAGCCGGUGAGGCCAUAUGAUCACCUCACUUGGCAUGAUGUCAGCCCUUGUAAUGCAAACAAUACAUGAACUGAUACUCUGUGUCAGGCCCCCAUGCACCCCCCCCCCCCCCCCCCCCCACCCGUCCUUCCCACCCCUCCCAGGGUGCCGAUGCGUCAUGGCAACAGGUGCAAAGUCCACCCCCCCCCCCCACACACACUAACUGAAAGUAACUGACAGUAUCUGCCUCCCUCUCAGGCCCUGUGUGUGUUAACAUUAUGUUACAGGGUUUUAUUUGAAGGAGUGCAGAGUUCUAGCAAGACACAUGUUCAACAUUUAUCAUCUUUAUUUGGCUGCCAUCUUUGGCUCUGAGGAGAGUGAUGAUAGCUAUUUUUUCAGAGGGAAUGCUGUGUGGAUUGCCUUGGGCCAUUUUGAAUGUUUCCCUCACUCUCUAAAUUAUGAGAAAUAGGACAUUACUCCAGGACCUUAGGUGAUCUAGCCCGACAGACAGAAACAGAUGAACAGGACCUUAGGUGAUCUAGCCCGACAGACAGAAACAGAUGAACAGGACCUUAGGUGAUCUAGCCCGACAGACAGAAACAGAUGAACAGGAUCUUAGGUGAUCUAGCCCGACAGACAGAAACAGAUGAACAGGAUCUUAGGUGAUCUAGCCCGACAGACAGAAACGUUUCGGCUGCACGGCAUUUGUCAUGGAGUACAAAGAUAUGAUAAUACAAUGUCCUCUUUUGAACAGCUUUUUCAAAUCAACCCUGAUUUGAAGAGGGAGUGUUUUUUUUGUUCUACAGUAAUAUUUCCCUCCAAUAGACACGUAGCAGACUUGUUCCGGUCAAAACUCCCCAACUAACAGUCGUGACCUGCCAUUGUAGGAUCAUGGAUUAUAUCUGCAGAUGUUAACUUAAGUGUCACAGGAUAUAAACAUAUUUGUUUUCCGCUGACUCAUCCUGUUGUUGUCUGUUUUUUACCCAGGGGGCCUCAGCUGCUUCAGACAGAACCACCAGAACCUGUGUGACCACUCCCUCCACCUCCACGAGAGCCUGGACGCCGGCAUGGGCGUCAGCGGGGCCUCCGGCAAGUCGGGGGCGCAACCUCACUCCAUGUCCCUGCCCUCCACACCGGACAUCGAGGACGCCGAGCUGACGCCCAUCCUGCCCUUCCUGUACCUGGGCAACGAGCAUGAUGCGCAGGACGCCCACAGGCUACAACGCUACAACAUCGGCUUUGUGCUCAACGUCACCACCCACCUGCCGCUCUACCACUACGACACAGGCCUGUUCAGCUACAAGCGGCUGCCAGCCACCGACAGCAACAAGCAGAACUUGAGGCAGUACUUUGAGGAGGCGUUUGAAUUCAUUGGUAUGCAGGAAAAGUUCGCUAAGUCUAGUCAUUGCAUGCUGGCAUGUACAGUAGAAGUGUAUAGGGGAGGGCAGGGAGGAGGUUGCAGUCGGCGGCAGUGGUGGGAUCUCAUUUCUCAUUGAAACGAUUCUGUUUUAUUAUGUACUUUCAGGCCACAUUAUGAUUGGAGUUAGUCGGUGAUUUAGAGUGGUUGAUACAUAUUCAAAUGGCUUGUUUUUAUCGAUCAGAGGCUGUGCAGGUUGUCUGAACUUGGAUUUGUUAGCACUACAGUUAGUAUACAGUAUUGCACAGUGUAGGUUUUGAGUGAGCGGACUGCAGCGAAAAAUGACAUUAGUGACAUUACUAAAACAUUAAUGUGAUGUUGUUGAAGUCUAUUUUGUACUGCAUAUUUUAUGUUAUCAUGAUGAGUUCUAUUCGGAACAGAUGGAAAUGCUCCUCUGUUAUUGUUAAAGUCUAUUUUGUCCGAUGUUUCAUUUGAGCCCCAUUUUAAAGAGACAAAAAUGCUCCUCUCUCCUCUCUCUUCAGAGGAAGCACGGCAAGCGGACAUGGGCCUCUUGAUCCACUGCCAGGCGGGCGUGUCUCGCUCGGCCACCAUAGUCAUCGCCUACCUGAUGAAGCACACCUGGAUGACCAUGACGGACGCCUACAAGUUCGUCAAGACCCGGCGGCCCAUCAUCUCCCCCAACCUCAACUUCAUGGGCCAGCUGCUGGAGUUCGAGGAGGACCUGAACAACGGCAUCACACCGCGCAUCCUCACGCCAAAGCUCAUCGGGUUGGAGACCAUGGUUUAGGAGGACACCUGCCAUUCCUGGUUUAGGAGGACAUCCCACUCACUCUACAGGCUACUCUUGACAGGCUGAUUCUGAGAGCAAAAUCACUUUAUUUCAGAAUCUCCUAGUCAUGCUCUUCUGGGACUGUCACAGGAGUGCCAAGGUUCUGGGUCAACGGCGAUGAGAAACACCCCAGAAUACCUGCUGUUCCGAACUGGCCAGUUUCCUGGAGGAACAAGAGUGUUGUGGAGAGAAAAUGGCCAGUGGGAAGCUGUCGGACCACGGAGGAGCAAAAACAUGGAAGGAAAGGAAAAUAGAUUAACUAUUUCUGGAAAAAAAAAACAGCAUGUUCUGUGGGGACUUAGCAGGUUAGCAGUGAGAGAAACUGAACUCUUCAGACUCACACUGUGCUGUGGCUCACGGUUAUUGUUGCAGGCAGGCUGGGGCUGAGCUGGCCGAGGCGGUGCUUGUCAGAAAAGAUGAAGACUUGUUUAGUGUGUUAAUGUUCUUGUUCUAUUUUUAUACAGGGGUUUAUGGGGGUGACCAUGACAAGCCCAAAGUGGCUUACUGUGCAAUAAUUUCUGAGUGGAAUGCAGCUGGGAGCUUGAUCUUAUGUGUAUAUAUGGGUGUUCAAUGACGAUAAAACAUUUCCAGCUCGCCGCUGAUUUGACAUGAAGUAACCUUUUUUUAAAUUAAUUGUUGUUAUCGAUUCCAUAUUUCUUUACGCAUACCAUUGAGCUGUUACAGUAUAUAUACAAAAGUAUUUGGACACCCCUUCAAAUGAGUGG